AUGGCGCUGGAGGUGCUGCAAGCGACGAGAAGCGGCCGCCGACUGAGUGUUGGCGUCGUGGUGUUCUUACUGGCUCCACUUCAAGCUUUAGCGAAGCAGCCCUCAGAUGCUCUCAGCACGCUCUUGCAGUCAGACCUGAUGAGAGGCGCUGAGGGGUUUUGCGCGUUGAGGAUCGAUUGUGAGCCUGCCAACGCAGAGAUGUGGCGUCAAUUCUUGGAGAGGCCUGCUGAGGCAAGCAGACUCAGCCGACAGUAUGGGUGGCGUGUUGGUUCUUCCUUCCAAGUGCGCCCAGCUGGCCUCAUGAACUACUGGGUGGGCUGGAUCCGUGUGCCAUAUCACGAGUCUGCCAAGGCGCUGCACCACGUCAGCUGUGGCGGCGAUGGCUAUGUCUGGGGCGGUCCAACUCGGCUGUGGCGGCGGAGUUUGAUUGACCGCGCGUUGCGCCGUAUUGCGGAUUCACGUUCUGCUGCUUUGGAUCUUCACUUGGAGGUGAAAGAAGUCUUGCACCUUCCAGCUGUUGCAGCUGCCGCUGAGCCCUUCGCGAGUCUUCGCGGCCUCUUCCCGAACAAGACCGGCACAUCUUGCUGGUUGGCCAGUCUGCUGCAAAGCUGCUUCAAUUGUCCUUCUUUAGUCGUAUCGGCCUUGGAGCACCAGCGCACGCAGACUUGUGGGGCUGCCUGUUGGCAGUGCGCUUUGCGAGCGAUUCAGGAAGCGAGCAGACACCCAGGCUCCAGCAUUGACUUGGCCGCGCUGUGGGCGGAGCCGCUGCAAUCUGUUGGCGUCACCUUUGACGAGCAACAAGACCCAUUGGAGAUUCUCAACCAGCUCCUACCCAAGGGAAGCGAGGCUUUAAGUGGUCUGUGGGCACAACAUGUGCACUGCCUAAAGCGUGAGCAGACGUGUGCUUGUGUUGUCGAAUUGGCCACUGCCCGUGCAGCUCCUGUUCGGCAUUUCAUCGCUUCUCUGAGGUUGCCGUCGUUUGACCCUACUGCUUCGAUCUGUCUUCCAGAUUUGUUGGAGUCUGAUUUUCAACCUGUGCCGGAUGGUGGCUUGCCUUGCCCAUCAUGCUCGGCAGACAUAAGCUUGUGUUGUUCUGAUUCAUGGCAGCUUGGUCCAGUGGCCUUGCUGCAGCUGGUCCGGGAGACGGCAGUCGGCGGAUUGAACCGCAUCGCUGUCUUCGCCCCGCCGGAGUUUGAAAAUGCAGGGCAUGUGUUUCAUCUUCGCGCUGCUGUUCUCCACCGUGGCGAUUCAUUCGACUCUGGGCACUAUAUCGCUUUCGUGGUGCAAGCUGAUGGCAUUUGGGUGCAGUACAAUGAUGGCACUAAACCCAAGCGCUUGUGCCGUGAGCCUAAGCAUCUCCAAACGCACGCACCAUCCUCUCCCACUCCGGCGCCUGAGUUGACUCAGCCUGCAGUUGUGGAUGAGGAUGCCAAGGACUUCCUCAGCAACCCGGCUGCUGCUGUGUUGGCCUCAGAAACGGGCGCACGCCAAGCUUUCCGAAGCUGCAGCCGGCCUACUUUCAUGCCAGAGGAACAUGGGCACGACCAGCUGGUGGGACAUGCCUUGCAGCUUUUGCAGGUCUAUACAUCUGGUGAGGAUUGCCGAGACUUUUUAGCUAGGAUGCCUGUGUAUCAAAGCUCUGGUGUCGCUCAGCUGGACUCCUUGGCCGAAAGUUACCAAGCCCAAGUUGCGGACCUUUGCCAGGAAAAUACAAACAGCCACGCAGCUUUGGAGAUUGUAUCGUGGAUCAGCGACACCACAGUUUACCCUUUGGCUGUUCUGCUUGAAGCCACAGCUCGCGCAACUGCAAUUCCUUUAACUUUCUGGUUGGAUUUAACACAAAGUUUUGCCAAUUCUAUCUUGAACAAGCAUGCCUUCGUGCAGCUGACAGAAAGGUACGAAACCAAGAACAGGUACUGGAUGGUGGGGACGGCAAACGUGGCUGAAGGCAAGUCGCCCGCCAUGGGGCCGGUGGCAAAAGUUGUGGAAGCAGCCUUACAACGACAUUCUGCUGUCACGGUUGGCUCUGCCGCAGACCAGUUCCAUCUCCAGCAGGUCUUGAAGCCAAAGCUGCCAGACCCAAAAGCCCCAGUUCCGGAACCUGUGUGCAUGACGUUGAAGGAGACCAAUGUUCAUGUCACCUUCCUUCAGCAGGAGCAUUUCUUCACAACUUGGUGGGCACCCCUCGCAGCAAACAAGCCUACAGACCUGGCCUUAAAACGUUCCAUCGAGAAAGGGUCGGAAGCAUCUGCCAAGUUGGCCAAGCACCGCAUCGCGACCAUCUGGCAGCAGUUGAAAGACUUAGACGUUGGCGAGUUGUGUGGAUCUGGAGACACGGUGCAUUUGCGAAAGUACGACCUCACCUCUUUGUUGCCUCGCUGCCUUGAUUGGCUUCGCAAACACCGGGUGCCCGUGUCUCACUUUGGACUUCGCCUCCGUGUGGACCAUGUCCUGGCGCUGGCACCGAGAGCGCUGCCGCUGCCCCACAAGCUUCAACUCCAAGCCCACAGGCCGGCCGGCGCUGGAACCAAGAGGCUUCGGUUCGUGGCGCGUGCUAAGAUGCAUGAGCUCCCGGCCGCUCCUCGCCGUGGCCUGGGUGCGCAGGUGGGUUUCGCAGUGCAGCGGGCUUUACUCUCUAGCCUGCUGGCCCCGCACAUCAUCAGGCGGACGCAGAAUGGCCGGCUGCGGCAUGGGGAGGCGGGCCGCAGGGAGCUCCUGCCUUGGAGUCCCAGGGAGGAUGGCAACCUGAAGGCCGGCCUGAAGCAGAACCUGAAAGCAGCAAGGAGGCUCACGGAGGGUGGCAACCUGAACGCAGGCCUGAAGCAGAACCUGAAAGUAGCAAGGAGCCAGAUACUGAGCCGCAAACGCAUCCCGAUGAGGUGUUUCGGCAAUCGCAGCAUUGCCUCUGAGGUGCCCAAGGUGACAAUGAUCCUUCCGUCACCCAGCUCCGCCAAUGCGGCGGGCGUGGCAGAACCUAAAGGCCUUUGCAAAUUAUAUGGAAUUGCUUGGGAGGAUCCCUUGGUGCGGGAUGACCCUUGGAAGCGCAGAGAAGCUGACAAGGAGUGGCGGCCACCACCACUGCGGCCAGCUCGGGAUUUGCGUUCCAAGAUUUUUGUCUCGGGACUUAGUGGCGACACCUUGCCACAAACCUUGGGUGAGUACUGUCAAGGCGUCGGUGAGGUGCGCUAUGCCACGGUCUAUAUGGACCCGGACAGUGGCAGUUCCAAUGGCACAGGGAAGGUCGACUUUGAUAGCCAAGAAACCGCCGAGCGCGCCAUCCGGGAGUUGAAUGGCACCACACUGGAUGGCUGCAAAAUUCUCGUGCAAUCUUUGGCUGAUGUGCCUGCCCACUUCUGGCAACGGCGAGACACAGCUGGCUGCGCUGUCUUUGUGGGAAAUUUGCACCCCACAGUGACCAGGGAGGAGCUGCAGGCCUUUGCUUCAGCUGCAGGAGAGGUGAUCUAUGUGAGAGUAUUCACCGAUCGACAGACCGGCCAGUCGAGAGGAUGCGGCAAAGUGGAGUACGCAUCAAUUGAACAAGCGGAGGAGGCAGUCCACAAGCUGAAUGGCAAGGCCUUGGCCGGGCAAGAGGUGACUGUAGAGCCCAUGGCAUCUGAGCGACGCCCUUCCGUUCCCAAGCCACAGAACACAGUCUUUGUGGGAGGUUUAGCGCCGGAGAUGGAUGAAGGCACUUUGUUGCAGCUUGCAUCUAGUAUUGGCCCAGUCACCUUUGCCCGCAUCUUCCGGGAUCGUGACAGCGGCCGCUCGCGAAACUGUGGAAAGGUCGAGUUUGAAACGGAGGACUUGGCGGCUAAAGCAGUGGCUGAACUGGCAGGGCUGGACUUCAAAGGUCGCAGAAUCAUCGUGCAGCCCUUCGGUCAGGCUUCAGAGAACUCCGACCCUCGACGUCCACAGGUGGAUGGCCGGCAGGUCUUCAUUGCCGGGCUCACGGCCGACACCAGCUCGGAGAUGCUGCGGGAGUUCUGUCAAAUGACGGUUGGUGCUGUGGACACGGCUCGCGUGUUUUUGAAUCGCGAGACUCGGGAAUCCAAAGGGACGGGGAAGGUGGAGUUUCAGACGCCUGAGUUGGCGCAGAAGGCCGUUCAGGAACUCAACGGCCGCCUGUUGGAUGGUCAGCGACUUUCCGCGCGGCUCAUGGAGCAAGAAAGGCCAAGCCGGCCAACAAGAGAGCCCAGAGAAGCUGCAGAUCCACAGUGCAGACUCUUUUUGGCAAACUUGCCAGAUGAGGUCUCUGAUGCUCAGCUACAAGAGUUGCUACAGCAGGCUGGCGAGGUGGUCUCAGCCUCUGUCUUUCAGACAGCGCAGGGCAAUUGCAUGGGCCGUGCCACCAUGGCAAGUGCCGAAGAGGCUGCCCGAGCUGUCAAUAUUUUGCACGAUACCUUCUACGUCUCCAAGCGCAUCACUGUGCGGCUGGAUCACGGGGUGAAGCCAUCACCACAGUUGGAUUCCACUAUCUUUGUGGGUGGCCUCAAUUUCAACACUACGAGCGAAGGUUUGCAACAACAUUUUGCCAAUGUGGGUGAAGUAGUCCAUGCAUCUGUGUUCACUGUGAAGGGCACUGGCAAGCCCAAAGGCAGUGGCAAAGUGGAAUUCCAAACUCCAGAUGCAGCUCUAUCAGCAGUGCAACAACUUGAUGGCUCCGAGUUGGAUGGUCGGCAGCUCCACGUGAAGUUGAUGGAAGCGAAACCACCGCUCACACGACCACCACCAGGCCUCAGACCACCAGAGAGCGGCCGCCAGAUCUUUGUCUCUCUCUCCACCGAAACGUCUGCAGAGGCUGGGACACUCUUUCUCCAUGCACGGUUGGGAGUCGAACUGUUCGAUUGAACCCCACACUGGGUCA